GAUGUGAAAUAAUGAAUGCUCCCUUGGCCAUAUCCAAGAUGGCGGUCCAGUUUGUUUACAUACAUUGUUACUAAAUGUAGCCAGAUAAACUGAUUAGGAAAAUCGUCGCCUUACCGCAUUCAUUUCCUAAAAGCCUAAUGUCUAAAUUUAGUUUGGUAAAGAACAGAAAAUACCGAAAAUGCUAAGUGGUCGAAGUGUUCGUAUAGCUGUUAAGUAUCGUAGCUGGAAUCCUACACAGCAAGAGUGGAAAUUAGCCGCACAAUGUGUACAGGUGGAAGAAAAAGAAAGAAUUGGAAAAUUUGUUUUUAAAAGAGACGCGAAAUCAGCCAUGGUUGGUCGUCUUGUCAUGCGGUAUGCCAUGUCACGAAUAUUAAAUGUACCUUCACGAACAUUACGAUUUAGCAGAACAGAUAAAGGAAAACCAUUCCUGCUUAGUCCUAUAGAUCGGACUACACCCCGUUGUGAUGUCAGUUUUAAUAUCUCACAUCAUGGGGACUAUGUUGUGUUUGUUGCUGAGCGCGGGCGAUUAGUUGGUGUGGAUACAAUGAAAAUAGAAUGGCAGAGAAACAAGCCAAUCAAAGAUUUUUUGACUACAAUGGAGGACCAGCUGACCUCAGUAGAGUGGAAACAAGUCAAGCAAUUUACUAGUGAUUUGGACCAACUGAAAACUUUUCUCAGGUUUUGGUGUCUCAAAGAAAGUCUAGUGAAGACAUUGGGAACUGGCAUAGGGUUUGAUGUCAGCCGCUUAAACUUUCAACUUAAAACAACAGAGGUUAGAGACAGUCUAAUGGUCAGAGACACACAGGUUGAGAUUGAUGAUGAACCAGCUCCAGAAUGGCACUUUGAGGAAACGAUGCUGGAGGAUCACUGUGUUGGUGUAGCCAUUCAGGAUAAAAACUUUGACAAGAAUGAAGAGGCACCAUCAUUUAGACUGCUUGACAUACAAGACAUACUGUCAGCUUGUGAACCGCUGACAGGUUCCAGCCCUGACCAGGAGUACUGGGAACUGUUUAGUAGUCGGGAGGAGGAGCCUGAGCUCAGAUGACACCAAAGGGGUAAAAGGGGGUGUGUAGGAUACGAUGAAGCUAGCUAAAUGAGCUUAGACUGAUUUCAUUUAUAAGCAUUAAGCAGAGUUGAACAGAUGAAAUUUAUGUCUUUUCAGGGAGAUGUUCUAGAUAGUUGUUUGUAUUUUGUUUAUGUUCUAGAUAUUUGGUUGUAUUUUAUCUUAUUAGAGAUGCUGUUGCAAAAUUUUGUUGAAUUUGUAUUAAUAUAAUUUUUUUUGUCUAUUUGAACUUACGUGUAUUUCAGCAUUUUAUGUUACAGUAAUUGAUAGGAUGUGUUCAUAUUUCAAAUCCUAAGUGUGCAUAAUUGUACAGGUGAAUGUACAAAUAUAAGUGAGGUAGAACUGGCCUUAUGCUUUUUAGUGGCUCGUGGAAAAGCCACUAUUUACUUAUAAGUUGUAGUUGGCAUACAUAGCAUUGUUUUGUUAUUUUUUUCAGUUUUAUGUGAAUUUUUUAAAAAUUUGUUAAUAAUUAUAAUAAUAUUUUAUUCAAAUCUGAAAACAACUUUAGUUUCAUUUGUUUAAACUUAAUAUUAGUCUCUUGACUAUAGUAGUCUUUGUUUUUUCCCCCACAUGAUCUAUUAUUAUUUAUUUUGUAUUGCUUGUUUUUCAUGUUCCUGUCACAUGCUCAGUGCAUUCAGGUCCUAGUUCUUUUGUGGACAACAGUGAGGAGGGGAGGAAGGUUUCCUUGCUUUUGACAGCAAACAAAACUCAAGUCAAUCUCAAAGUCAAAAGUUCUAGUCAGUAUUGGGAUUCAAACUUGAGCUCUUUCAGGUGGAUAGCCAAGUGGUUUUAGCCACUCAUGCUCACAUCCCAUAAUUUAUAUGUUGCUUACUAAAUUUCAAGGAAUUAAUUUUUAAAAAUUGCUUUUAUAUAGUGAAUUUUUCAUGCUAUGGUCCAAUCUCUAAUGUGGACAUGUGGGUGCAGGGUGUAUCUGGGAAGAGGUUUCAGAAAUGUAUUAACAGCAUCAGCAAACACAACUGGUCUAUGCUACUCAAUAGCUCAGACUGUUCAGAGUUCAUAGAACUGAGUAAUCAGAACAGAUGGGGUUAAAAACUUCUACUAGUUUUAUUUAGUCUCAACAGGGAAAGUAAUUCUCCUUAUUUGAGCACACUAGUCUUCCAUCAAGUCUGUGUCAACUUCUGAAAGAUGAGAACUGUGCUUGACAUUAGUUGAGGACAGAUUUUUUUUUAUGAUGUAAGUACAUUGAAAGAGUGAAGCAGUUUGUUUUUAAAAACACAAACAUAAUACUUAGGAUGAUGAACAUUAUGCAUAUAUAUAUAUAUAUACCUUAAGACAAUUUAUCACUAAUAAUUUGUAGCAGUAAUUACUUAUUAAUUUAUAAUUUGAAGCAUCAAUACAUAAACAAAAUGUCAGUAAAUAAACUGAAUUAUUUCUUUCAAUAGGCUUGUCUUAUGCUUCUUGAUGACAUGCCAUGAUGUUAAGUGUGUCUAUUCAGUGGAUGUCUAAACAUUGUGAAUUGAAAACUGAAUAAUUUUGAUAUGAAAAAAAAACUGCUGAUAACAAAUGUGAACAUGUCGAUGAUUUAUCAUAUGAGAAGUGUUUCUAAGACUGAUAGUUACAUCAUCUUUUAAAUCUGGUCAAAUAAAACUUUUAGGAUUUAUAAGUUUCUAACUUUCCUUCAGAACUAAAGAUUGUUAGUCCCAGGACGGCAUGGAAUGGCAGCUGUCAAGCUUUUAACUUGGCACAAUCAUGAUGAUGGUCCAAAGAGCAUACUACCUAUACUACCUGGCCAAGAGUCAUACUACCUGGCCAAGAGUCAUACUACCUGGCCAAGAGUCAUGCUGGUAUCUCCAAUGUAACACAAUAAUCACUUCUUUACUUUUUUUUUUUUUUUUUAAAGAACUUAACCUAGAUACUUUUAUUAUGAAAGGUAUGAUAGCAACUAGUUAAGUAUUAGUCAAAUAAAAGGUGAAGCUUUCUAGCUCAAGGAAUCUAAAAAAUAGUUUUAUGAUAAUCUCAUGAGGAUCUAUUUAAAUGCAGCUAUUAUAAUUUCAGAAGUCCAUGUUAGCAUGCCCAUACAAAUUUGUUAAGCAUUAAAGAUGGCUGCCUGGUCGUGCGGUUUCCGCGCUGGACUGUAGAUUUAUCGAUGGUCGAAGGUUCAAAUCCUGCCUAUCUAGGAAGUAAACUAUCUUCAACUGUGAAGGAACAUCCGAAACAUGUAAAACAUUAAACAAACAAAAGCAAGCUUUUACUAAGUGUUUUUAUUUCAAGAUAUGUAACAUGUCUCUCUCAUGGAAACUUAAGUACAACAUUUGAAUUACUCUAAAUUUUUGUUGUAAGCAUUAAUAUAACAAUAACUGCAAAUUCAUUAUAUUUAUAUAUAAUUAUAAUUGAUACAUAAUGUAUAAGUCUAUACAAUAAACACUUUUAAAUUAUAAGUCUCCAGUUUUUAAUCACUGAAUUUGCUUUGGUAUAUUAUAACUCUCUUUCGGACGCUACAAUCGUUGAUUCCACCAGAAUGUGGUAAAUAAUUAUGGAGAGAAAGAGUUAAUAUAUGGCCAAAACCAAUGUAACAAUGACAUUGUGCACACAAUAAGUAAGAUUACAUAAAUAAAUAAAAAUAGAUUUUGUGCUAGAUAAAUUAAUUUUAAUUCUAUGUUAGCAAAACUUAGUUGGUUUUCUUUUUGAAUAGACUCAUUAUUAAUCAACUGUACAGCCUACUGCUUGCUUGAACUAAGUAGGACUAUUAAAUAAAGCUUUGUAUUAUGCCAAAACAAUUAUACAUUUUAACAACCUUUUCCAACUAGACAAAAUCAAUGCAAUGUCUCAUUCUUAUGUCAUCAAAACAAAUAUGUCAUAGAUCUAGGUCAAGCUCAUCACAGCAAAACAAAUAUGUCAUAGAUCUAGGUCAAGCUCAUCACAGCAAAACAUUGCAUUGAUGACACACAAACUUGAUGAUAAAAAAAACAACAAAAAAACAGAAUAAUUAAGAAAAAAUAAAUAAACAAUACAGUAAAUAUAAUAGAAACAAUGGCUUGCAAAAAAAAAAUCAACAAUUUUGUUUUUAAGACCAUUCAAUUAUGGGUUGAUUUUGUGCUCUCAAAUAAAAAAAAACUGACUAAACAAAGACUUAAGUUUUAUCUUUCCUUCUUAAAAUGAAACCAAUGAAGAUCAGACUCUGUGAGAAGUUUUUGAAAUGUACACAGAACAAAGUUUGUCUUCCAUUCAAUAAGCCAGAGCCAUCAAAAUGUUAAUAUUUGUUUUUUGCAUCAGAUUAUUGCUAUUUAGAAGAACAAGUUGCUACUAAAGCACAUAAGAUGACUCGUGUUCAGAAGAGUGGUGAUGAACAGCUAACUUAACAUAUUGAAAGUUGCCUGUUUGGAUUAUAGAUUGUAAGAGGUAAUAGAUAAUAAUUUACAAAAAAAAAUAAUUUAAAUGGCCAUUCAGGCUUGUCUACAUUAUUUAGUUUUUAGUCAUAAUAAUGUCUCUGUUCAAAUGGCAUGAAAAUACUAUCAAUAUAGUUAACUAUGUCUGUCUUCAGUGCUAUCUACUUCACCAAAAUAAAUAAAAAAUUAUUCAGUAAACCAGGAUUUCCAAGAUGGAUGCAAACCCCACCAGGUUGCUGACUCUAGGAGACAUCUGACAAUUAGUGAGAAUAAACAAAUGUUCACACAACCUGUGGUGGUCAGAUUUCAGUAGCAAUGCACACAACCUUAACAAAGUUGUACAUUAACACAGUUACAAGCAUUAAAAAAACAACCCUAAAGGUUAUGAAGUCAAAGGUUGCUUCAGUCAAAGUUUCAGCAGUUUGUCAGUCAAGUGAACACCCAUAACAGUUUUGUUGGGAGUUGAGAAAA